GGAUAAUUGGGAAGAAGCAUGUUGGGCCCGAGGCUGUCUACCCCUUCGACUUUGCCUACACUGAGGAGAACAGUUCGGUCUUGCAGGUUGGGAGAAACAUCACUCGAAUCAAAGCGCUCGUCCGGCAGUUCCUGCAGAGCCAGGACGAGAGGCCUUUCUUCCUCUACGUUGCCUUCCAUGACCCCCACCGCUGCGGGCACUCUCAGCCCCAAUACGGGGCCUUUUGUGAGAAAUUCGGCAACGGAGAGAGCGGCAUGGGCUGGAUCCCAGACUGGAAGCCACAGCUCUACCACCCAGAGCAAGUGCAGGUCCCCCACUUUGUUCCAGACACGCCGGCUGCCCGGGCAGACCUGGCAGCCCAGUACACAACCAUCGGGCGGACGGACACAGGGAUCGGGCUGGUCCUGGAGGAGCUGCGCCGUGCCGGCUUCCACAACAGCACACUGGUGAUCUACACCUCCGACAACGGCAUCCCCUUCCCCAGCGGCAGAACCAACCUCUACCGGUCAGGCACCGCCGAGCCCCUGCUGAUCUCCUCCCCCGAGCACACCAAGCGCUGGGGGCAGGUCAGCCAGGCCUUCGCCACCCUCCUGGAUCUGACACCAACCAUUUUGGACUGGUUCUCCAUCCCCUACCCUUCGUACAGCAUCUUUGGCACCAAGCAAGUACAGCUCACCGGAAAGUCUCUCCUGCCAGCGCUGGAGUCGGAGCAGCCCUGGGCCACCGCCUUCAGCAGCCAGAGCCACCACGAGGUGACCAUGUACUACCCCAUGCGAGCCAUCCAGCACCAACAGUUCCACCUCAUUCACAACCUCAACUACAAGAUGCCCUUUCCCAUCGACCAGGACUUCUAUGUCUCACCGACUUUCCAAGACCUGCUCAACCGCACCAGGGCUGGGCAGGCAACGCACUGGAACAAGACCCUGCACCAGUACUACUACAGGGACCGCUGGGAGCUCUUCGACUGCAGCCGCGACCCCACCGAGAGCCAGAACCUGGCCCCCGACCCCCGCUACGCCGCCGUCUUCCAGCUGCUUCGCGCGCAGCUCCUGAAGUGGCAGUGGGACACGGGUGAUCCCUGGGUGUGUGCCCCCGACGCUGUCCUGGAGGAGAAACUGAGCCCCCAGUGCCGGCCGCUGCACAAUGAGCUGUGAGGCUCAGCUCUGCCCGGC